AUGGCUUCCGGGGAGCGGCCGCGGCCGUCCUCAAUCACUGACCUACCCUUGGAUAUUCUCGUCCUCGUGGUCCCCUAUCUGGAUGUCAGAAGUUUCCUCGCGCUCUGCAGCAGUUGCAAAGCCUUCUACCAAGAUUCCAUACGCCUGGACCCUGUCUACUGGAGCUAUGUAACCCGUAGUACAUUCCGAGUCCCCAACCAACCAGUCGUUCAGCACAACGGUGCACUAUGGCAAAAGCUUUACAGAAGAUUACAAACGCAAAGCCGUGUCUUUACGUGGGGAGCCGCUGGUCAAGGCCGCUUAGGCCACUCCAUAUUCAUCCGCAAUGCGUUAGGUCCCGGGCAGAUGGACCUUACAAAUAUACCUGGCAUCAUAGCGGAUUUGCAAUGUGGUGGCUGGUCCACCACAAUACUUACCUCCAAAGGCUCAUUGCACACGGCUGGCGUUCUCAAUGGGGAGACGGAAUUAGUGACACGACAAACUGGCAAUUCGGGGCCUCAGCGUCUACGGUUUCCUGUUCGCGUUCCCUACAGCAGCUGGUCUAUUUCCUAUGAGGAGCCAACGAUCUCCAUUCGACAGUUCUCCGCCGGCAGAUCGCAUAUCCUGGGUCUCUCGGACAGUGGUCGCAUUUGGUCGUGGUAUUCUGCAGAGAAGCCAGCAUUGCAUGUAAAGUUCCUUGAUGUCGACCUGACUGAAGCCUCCUCGCAACAGUCGUCGCCGGCAAAUCAACCCCUUUUCGGCCGUGUAAAGAAGGUGGUCGCAGGCUGGAGUCGUAGCUCCGCAUACGUGUACGGCAUAGGAAUUGUUGUGUGGGACAUAGUGAGCCGCAGGCCUGGCGAGAACGAGGCAGACACGGUCCUGGUUAUGCAGACCGCCGAGAUGCCUAGAACCGGCUAUCAAAGGCCAAAAGGCGCCGCGAAGGAGAGCGAAGAACAGCGUGCGCUAGGAGCAGAGGUCGGGGUCGUGUUGAACUACAUCAUCCUCGAGCACUUCGUCGUGUUCGUCACGGAUAUCGGCAGAGUCUUCUGCGGCAAGUUUGGGGACCACAAUCAAGUGCCAGAGGUAAUAGAAUUGCAAGCAUUGCGCAACGAAAGCGACACACCCACGGAUGUCCAAGGCUCCUUUAGACGUUUCGCCGUCUUCAAGAACCGCGAGGUCAUAACCGCCAACCAGGACUAUCUCGAGGCGUGUUGGCGUGUCCGUCACGAGGUCCAUGCAAAUAAUGCAGAUAUACCGGGGCUGCAGAAGAUCCCGGCACUGCAGAAGGGGGAUGUCAUUUCCGUGGCUUUCGGGGACUACCAUUUUCUCGCACUCCAUUCCAAUGGGAGAAUCACGUCGUACGGGAAAGAACUCCGUCACUGCGGCGCACUUGGCCUGUCCGGCCGCUAUCUACGGGGCUUCAACCGUGUCUUUGGCGAUCGACAGCUUGUUCCUCACGCCUAUACACAUGGCCGCGAAGUGUGGUUCCAGCGAGAGAAGUUCCUUUGGCUCGAGUUCCUCGAGUCUGGAGGCACGGACCCCGACGAAGCGGCCGAAAGAUGGCACUGGGUGGAGAGUGGCCCCUCUGUGGCGGGUGAGGUCAGCGAGUGGAUUGAACAAGAGGCCCGGGACUGGGAUCGGAAUCUGGAUAUCAAGGACGACGACGGGCUAGGAGCGCACUUCGCACUCAGCGUAAGCGCGGCCGGCUGGCACAGCGGGGCUCUCGUGCUCGUCAACCAGGAGUUGGAGGACAAGGGGGCCAGAUAUGUCUGGACGGAUCAAUCGUAUCCCAGGCUCAGGCUGAGUGACGGCAGGGAGAUGCCUGGCACGGUGCCCUUCCAUGAGUGGAAGUACGGGAGGCCCGAGUGGCGGCUGGAUAUCAACGUCGAUGAGAUUUAGAUUUCUGAACCGGUGGGCAUUCUAGGGUUGCGCGGCCGGAGUGUACGAUUGAGCUUAUUGUUCUUCAUGUUCCUUCCUUUCACCGUGCCCUAGUGGCGUAACUAGAAUAUAGUCAAUUGGAUUUCUUGAAAUACGUAUUCUAGCUUGGAUUGGAAGUACAGGGGGUUGUUCAGUCGGACGUGGGAGGAGGCGGUACACACUCGAUCCUGAACAACACCGUCCCUG